GUUCUUCACGUGUCUGUCUGCCAAUUACUAUCGCUCUUUGGUUCUAAAGACAGACCAAAUCACUUCUCUCUCUCUCUCCAAUCACUCUUCCAUGGCUUCACUUCGAUUUUCUCCUCCUAAUUUUCUGGGCACAAACCCUAGAAAAUGCAACUUCAGUUCUUCCUCUCAAAUCCAAACCAAAUUCUGCACUCAAAACUUUAACCAGAGGUUCCAGUCAUGUUCAAUGUCGAUGAACGGUUGUGAAGCGGACCGAAAAGCGCCACUAGGCGCGACGGAGACGAGGACUUUCCCCGCGGUCCUGUCGCCGGAAGCGGCGGCGGCGAGGCUUAUCUCCGCCGUGUCGGAUCUCAAAACCGAUCCGCCGCCGUUCUCCUCCGGCAUCAUCCGGCUGCAGGUUCCGAUUGACCAGAAAAUCGGGGCGAUCGAUUGGCUUCAUGCCCAGAACGAUGUUCUUCCUCGUUGCUUCUUCUCUCGUCGCAGCGAAACUGGUCGUCCUGAUCUUCUCCUCGACUUCGCAAGCGAAAAUGGCAACAAACGCAGAAACGGGUGCGGAUUGUCCGAUCACAAUCUGGUUAGCGUUGCCGGCAUUGGAUCUGCGGUGUUCUUCCGUGAAGUAAGCCCCUUUUCUCAUGAUGACUGGAAAUCGAUUCGAAGGUUUCUGUGUUCCAAAUCGCCUCUAAUUCGUGCGUACGGUGGCAUGCGAUUUGAUCCUUACAGUAGGAUCUCUACGGAGUGGGAACGAUUUGGUUCAUUUUACUUUACGGUUCCUCAGGUUGAGUUUAAUGAGUUUACGGGAAGCUCGAUGCUUGCCGCUACUGUUGCAUGGGACAAUCAACUCGCGUGUUCACUGGAAGAUGCCAUUGAAUCGCUCUUGGAGGUUAUGCUUCAGGUUUCUUCUGUGGUAAAGAGGUUACAAAGGGAAAGUCUUGUAGUAUCUGUUCUUAGCAAGAACCAUGUUCCGAGCAAAGGAGCAUACCACCCAGCUGUGAGGAGAGCUUUGCAGUUGAUAAAGGAACGCGGUUCAUCCCUUGACAAGGUUGUGCUUGCACGUUGCAGCAGAAUCAUAACAGAUAUCGAUAUUGAUCCUAUAGCCUGGUUAGCACGGUUGCAGCUUGAAGGGCAAGAUGCUUAUCAGUUCUGUGUUCAACCACCUGGUGCACCAGCUUUUAUUGGAAACACGCCCGAGAGGCUCUUCCACAGAAAUCAGCUUGGUGUUUGCAGUGAAGCUCUGGCUGCAACCCGGCCUAGAGCUGAGUCGGUGGCUCAUGAUAUGCAGAUAGAGCGUGACUUACUUACCAGUCCCAAAGACGAUCUUGAGUUUUCUAUCGUGCGGGAGAAUAUAAGGUCAAAAUUUGAAGGCAUAUGUGAAAGUGUAGUUGUUAAACCCAAUAAAACCGUGAGGAAGCUCGCGAGAGUGCAGCACCUAUAUUCACAAAUAGCAGGCCGGUUAACACAGGAAGAUGAUGAGUUUAACAUCUUGAGUACUCUGCAUCCAACUCCAGCUGUUUGUGGGUACCCAGCAGAGGAAGCUCGGCUUUUGAUCAAGGAAAUCGAGCCAUUUGAUCGAGGAAUGUAUGCCGGGCCUGUUGGAUUUUUCGGAGGCGGGGAGAGCGAGUUUGCCGUCGGCAUCAGGUCUGCUUUAGUCGAAAAGGGAAUUGGUGCAUUGGUCUAUGCGGGAACUGGAAUAGUUGCAGGGAGUGAUCCGUCAUCGGAGUGGAACGAGCUCGAGCUCAAGAUAUCUCAGUUCACAAAGUCGCUUAAACAAGAGGUGGCUUUGCAGCCGCAGCCGAUUAAUUGAAGAUCAGUAACCCAACCGCGCAUAUAUAUAUAUAUAUAUACACAGAGGGGGGGGGGGCUCUCGUUUACUUGUUCAUGUAAUACGAUAAAAAAACAAUGGGGGUUUUAAAUUUUAGUGUUGUAAAUAGAAUAUGGCAAUGUUGCUAUGUUCAAUAUAAGUAAUAUUCUAAUAUAUAAGCUAUGAAGUUUUCGAAA